ACCCCAUAACCCUCUUCACAUCUGUGUUUCAGCUGUUCGUGUGCUGCACUGAGAAUAGUGAUUCUUUCCACUCUGAAUACAGGGAUCCUCUCACAACCCAGAAUCCUAGGAUUGAUACUACAGCAGAUCUUUAAAGAUGACACCCACACCCACUGUGACUCUCAACACCGGGGCCAGCAUGCCUAUCGUGGGCUUGGGGACAUGGAGGGCAGAAGCAGGCAAGGUAGCGGAUGCAGUGAAAGCAGCCAUCUCUGCAGGCUACAGACACAUAGACGGAGCCUACUGUUACCAGAACGAGGACGAGGUGGGGGUUGGCAUUCACACCAUGAUUGGCCAGGGGGUGGUGAAGAGAGAGGAGCUUUUCGUCGUCAGUAAGCUGUGGUGUACUCUCCAGCAGAAGUCUAUGGUGAAGGGAGCCUGUCAGAAGACUCUGAGUGACCUCAAACUAGACUACCUGGACCUCUACCUAAUACACUUCCCUAUGUGCUUUCAGCCUGGAGAGAAUCUAUUUCCUACUGGUGAAGACGGACAAAUAGUCGCAGGUGAAAGCAACUUCCUGGACACAUGGGAGGCUAUGGAGGAGCUGGUGGAUGCUGGACUGGUCAAGGCUAUCGGUGUCUCCAACUUUAACAAAGACCAGAUUGAAUCCAUCCUAAACAAGCCAGGACUCAAGUAUAAACCUGCCAACAACCAGAUUGAAUGCCACCCUUAUCUGAACCAGGAGAAGCUGAUCAACUACUGUCACUCUAAAGGCAUCUCAGUGACAGCCUACAGCCCUCUGGGCUCCCCAGACAGACCAUGGGCGAAACCUGGUGAGCCGUCUCUGCUUGAGGACCCAAAGUUAAAGGCCAUCGCUGAUAAGCACAAUAAGACUACAGCACAGGUCCUUAUCCGCUUUCAAAUCCAGAGGAAUGUGAUCGUCAUUCCCAAGUCGGCUACGCCCUCCCGGAUCAAGGAAAAUUUUCAGGUGUUUGACUUCGAGCUGAAUGACUUAGACAUGAAAGUCAUCCUGAGUUUCAACAGGAACUGGAGAGGAUUCGCUAUGGAAUGGGGCAACAAGCACAAAGACUUCCCUCUGCAUGCAGAAUACUGAAACCUCCGAGUGGACACCCACAUUCCUACACUGGGGACAUACAGCGAGAAGUCCAGUAGUUGUAUAUAGAUUCAAGCACUACUGUGACCUUGUUCAUGAGAUACAGAGAAGUUCAUGAGGCGAACAGAAUGUCAAUGUGUAAUGUAAGUGCCAAAUAUUGUUGCCUUUACUUGUUCAGAGUUUAAACAUGUUGCAUAGUUGUACGUUUACUUACAUGUUGGAAAGUGCCUUUGAAAGCACAGUGUCCCUGUGCUCCUUGUUGUAAUAUGAAAUUAUAUUCAUAAUUCCUUAGACAGUGCUCUUUAGAUAUCUCAACCACUAUGUUAACAUUGACAACUUACACUAAAAUGUCUCAUUCCAUAAUUUCUUUGUAUUUCUACAUUUUGAUUCUAAUCCUGAAAUAUAAAUUGCUACCUGACUACCUUGAUA